GACAAGAACCACCAGAUGACUAUUGUAAUAAGAUUCAACAAGCAAUUUCUUUUGCUAAUACAAUGAUAGCUGAUGCCAAUGCUGCAAAUCCUAAUACUUUUACAGAUGCCCAUAAAGCAGAUAUUUAUAAAUCAAAAAUGGCAGGAAAAUAUGUUUCA